UGUUGGACAACCCCUCCGUGGACAGGGACAGGGUUGGUAGUGAAUGGAGAUGGUUCAGAACGAUGUGAGCCCAAGCAGUCAGAUGUCACAGGUUCGCCGCUUUAUUGAACGUGAUGAGACAUCUCGGCAGAGCACAGGCCGCAUCAACAUCCUGCGAGUACACAAUGCACAGCAUUCCGGGUGGUCCUCUUUUUGGGCUGAUCCCUUCCACUCGGUGAUUCAUCAUAGCACCAUCAAGAUCAUCGCCUUUUUCUGUGCAAGCUAUCUCUUCACGCACUUGGUGUUUUCCUUGAUCUACUUCAUGAUUGAUGCUUCAUGCCAAUUGCAGAUCGAGUCCCUUCUGGAUGCCAUGUAUCUCAGCCUCGAGGUUGGUACCACCAUUGGUUGGGGCCUGCCUGGGUCACCCUACAUGAAAGCUGCUGAUUCCAAGGGUGGCUGCAUGAGCGGUAUCUUCAUCAUCUACUUGCACACGCUGGUGAUGCAGAUUCAAAACGCCAUCAUGAUCGGCCUGAUGUUUUGCCGCCUCUCUCGUGGCACCAGCCGCGCAGCGUCCCUGAUAUUCACAGACAAAGCCGUGAUCCGGGAAAUCGGCGGCAAGUUCUUCUUCAUGUUCCAGGUUUGCGAACAACGGAAGCAUCAGCUCGUGGAGGCCAAGAUCCGCUGCUAUGCGUUGUCCACCACCGUGGGGGGUCAGACCAUCAACGGUGCCACCAUGGCCCCAAUGGGAAGUUUUGAGCUGGUGGGUUCACCGGAAUUGGGGCACCCCGAGAAGAGCAACAUUGAUUGUACCUUGCCGAAAGCUCCAGUCGUGAAACUGAAGCCUGCAGCCUCAGGGCUAUUCCGGCCGCAGCUUUCACUGCUGCCACAUCGGAAUGAGCUGAACCCAAGCCCAACCGUUUGGGAAGUGCUGGGGCCUGAAGUUGCUGCCUUCAAGACGAAUGACCGGAAAUGGACGGCGGUUGGAAUUCAAGUCCGAUCUCAGCUUUUAAGGCAGCGUGUUCAGGAAGGCUUCCUGGAACUUCCAGGUGACCCUUCAAAGAGCAGCGCCGAACGAAGCACCGGUGACAGGAGCUCCAAGGAUGUCCAUGAACAGCUUCCGGUGGCCAUCGGCUGUCUUCACUUGGCUCGGCACCCCCGGCUUCGCCCUUGCCGUGCCACGCAUGAGGAUCGGAAGAAGCGGGUGGGUCAUGUCACCAACAUCGGCCCUGAGGGCAAAAAGAGGCUUCGCCCGGGAGCGCAGCAUCUGAGUCCCUUGGCGCCUGCGAAGGAGAUGCCCUUCCCAUCCGCAGCCUCUGCGCAUCGGGAUGGCUAUGCAGAUCCGGAGGAACGUGGCCAUCGCUUUGAUCUGCUGCCACCUCCUCCAGAUAGGCCGUACCUGUCCCACCAGGGCUCACUGCAGCCGGCGUUGAGGAGUCGCUUGGAUGUCACCACAGACAUUCGUUUCGAAGGCUCCAUGGGGUCAGUUCUGCCCAAGACAGCCGACACGGUAUGUUUGGUCCCUGAGCCGCAUCUCCGGGUGCUGCGACCCGAUCAGCGCCAACGCAGCACUGCGGCCCUGACAGAGACCGAGGAGAUGACCUCCAUCUUGGAAAAGGAAGGGCGCUGGCACCAAGCCCUACGCCCACGGCAGGAGGACAUAGAGUCCCUGGAGCGCUUCAGCCGCUGGAGCGACGAUGAGCUGAGAACUCGCCUCAUGGAUUGUGCUGAACUGGUCUCGGGCUCCAGGGUCCAGCUCAUGGAUCGACUCACGAAGAAGCGCCAACGUGAUAUGCGACCUUGGAAAAUGUGGACAAAAAAGGAGGUGGAACAAGAAUGCCUUCGCUUGGGAUUACCAGUGCACAAAAAGAAGAGUGACAAUGUGCAGACCAUCGAAGAUGCAGAGGUCAGGAAUCGCGAAGCCGAGCUAAGCGACGAGGAUCUCUACUUCGAGUUGUGCUAUCGCAAGUUGCCCUACAGCCACAGCCGCGAGGAGAACGAGCAGCGGCUGCGGACGGCCCUGUCCGGCCUGGGACGGUCCAUAUGA